UCUGCUUUGAAGGAAGUUCGCUCCUUGGGUGUUGCUGCUAGUGCACAGCUAUUCUCCAGUAAAAUGACUCUAAACCUGCUUUUUUUGUUUACAUCCUUCCUGAGUGGGCUUUUCGUGACUAUGGAAGGGUGCAGUAUAAAAAACGUUACUUGCAAAGACAUUAAAAAUUCUGCUGGAUACAACUUUCCCCUUGAACCAGAAGACAAAAGCAAACCUGUGAAUUGGACUGAAAUAAAUCAUAAUGGGACUGCGAUUGCCAAUUACAAAGGUGGAAAGUGUAACUACUCACCUGAAGUUGCACACUGUAACAACAACUCAAUAACAACACGUCAAUGCAGGAGUCUCCAUGUACAAUACAUACACCAGGGGAAGGGGGGCAAAAUCUUUGAGAGUUGCCAAGAGUUGAUCGCUAGAGAUGGCGGUUAUUCAGCCUCAGAUCCUUCCACUGGUCUUAACUGGCCCAUCGCUGUAAUCAUCCUCUCAGUCAUCUUCGUUUUGGUAGUUUUGGCAGUUUUGCUCUUUGGAUGGAGAAAAAUACGCCGUAGGACCAGGACGCGUAGGGGGAAUUCUGAUAGAGAAGUGGAUCAAAGUAUUGGGGAAAACCAUCACAACUGCCUAAAAGAACAACAACAACUACACUUACUGAAACGAGAAAGCCAUGACGUCAAUGGUGGAGACUUCUUACAAGAGGACAAGAACGGGUAAAUGUUUGGUUGUUCUAGUAUACAUCAU